GUACGUAAAAAGAUAUCUCUUUGCUAUAUCUGUUUGUUUCUAGCUUCUCCCUGACUCUUACGCUCUCUCUCUCUCUCUCUCUCUCUUUUUAUCUCUCUACUCACAUAAAUAUAUACAUGUGUGUGUAUGCAUGUUUAUAUGUAUGUAUGAAACCAGUAGUGGUUAUACAGAUAGUCUAUAUAGAGAUAUCAAUAUGAUGUGUUUUAAUUUAGACUUUUUAUAUAUCCGUUUGAAACUUCCGAAGUUCUCGAAUGGAGUUAAGAAAGUUUUGUUCUCUACAAGUUCAAUUUUUCUUGUCAUUAAUUAUAAAACUCUGAUAACUAAUGGAUAAAAAAGGUAUGCUUUGUUAGUUACCUUUUGUUCUUGGUGCUCAGGUCUUACCAUUUUUUUCCUAAAUUUUAAUUAGUCUCCUUUCUUUAAUUAAUUUUAUGUUAACGCACUGACGAUUUAACGUUAACAAAAAAACCUAGAUUCUUUUUCUUUUCAAUAGAGCAUAAUUAUUACUUCAAUUUCAUUUAUCUCACACUAAACCCUAAUCUUGGCGAAAUUCCUUUUAUAUAUAUAAAUUUAAUUAAUUUUUCCACAAUCUUGGCGGAAUUCAGGACUCGGUUUUGCUUGUUAUUGUUCUCUCUUUAAUUUGACAUGGUUAGGGAAUACUUAAAGUAUGUCUUAAUUUUAUAGGGUUUUCAAGAAAUGAUAAACGUAAAGCCAAUGGAGCAAAUGAUUUCUAGCACCAACAACAACACACCGCAACAACAACCAACAUUCAUCGCCACCAACACAAGGCCAAACGCCACCGCAUCCAAUGGUGGCUCCGGAGGAAAUACCAACAACACGGCUACGAUGGAAACUAGAAAGGCGAGGCCACAAGAGAAAGUAAAUUGUCCAAGAUGCAACUCAACAAACACAAAGUUCUGUUAUUACAACAACUACAGUCUCACGCAACCAAGAUACUUCUGCAAAGGUUGUCGAAGGUAUUGGACCGAAGGUGGCUCUCUUCGUAACGUCCCAGUCGGAGGUAGCUCAAGAAAGAACAAGAGAUCCUCUACACCUUUAGCUUCACCUUCUAAUCCCAAACUUCCAGAUCUAAACCCACCGAUUCUUUUCUCAAGCCAAAUCCCUAAUAAGUCAAAUAAAGAUCUCAACUUGCUAUCUUUCCCGGUCAUGCAAGAUCAUCAUCAUCAUGCUCUUGAGCUUCUAAGAUCCAAUGGAGUCUCUUCAAGAGGCAUGAACACGUUCUUGCCUGGUCAAAUGAUGGAUUCAAACUCAGUCCUGUACUCAUCUUUAGGGUUUCCAACAAUGCCUGAUUACAAACAGAGUAAUAACAACCUUUCAUUCUCCAUUGAUCAUCAUCAAGGGAUUGGACAUAACACCAUCAACAGUAACCAAAGAGCUCAAGAUAACAAUGAUGACAUGAAUGGAGCAAGUAGGGUUUUGUUCCCUUUUUCAGACAUGAAAGAGCUUUCAAGCACAACCCAAGAGAAGAGUCAUGGUAAUAAUACAUAUUGGAAUGGGAUGUUCAGUAAUACAGGAGGAUCUUCAUGGUGAAAAAAGGUUAAAAAGAGCUCAUGAACUAUCAGCUUUCUUCUCUUUUUCUGUUUUUUUCUCCUAUUUUAUUAUAGUUUUUACUUUGAUGAUCUUUUGUUUUUUCUCACAUGGGGAACUUUACUUAAAGUUGUCAGAACUUAGUUUACAGAUUGUCUUUUUAUUCCUUCUUUCUGGUUUUCCUUUUUUCCUUUUUUUAUCAGUCUUUUUAAAAUAUGUAUUUCAUAAUUGGGUUUGAUCAUUCAUAUUUAUUAGUAUCAAAAUAGAGUCUAUGUUCAUGAGGGAGUGUUAAGGGGUGUGAGGGUAGAAGAAUAAGUGAAUACGAGGGCUUCGUGUGUAAUCAGUGAGAUCUGUAUUCAUCGUUUCUUCUAUUUGUAGAAGUAUUUCUGUAAUUUAUUCAUAUUUUUCAACAAAAAAAAAAAAUCAUCUUUAUAUCCAAUCAUUAUCCGAUUGAAAUUAAAAUUGUGUUAACCCUAAGCUUGAAUAGAUUGUUUUAAUUUGUUGAGAAUUUCCAUCGUAACUUGUUAUAUAUUUACUCCAGUGCAGUUACUUGCCGUUGUACAUGAGUGACACUUUAUUACUUAC